AUGUUUUCUACAACUAUUCGUUGUGCUUUAAGAACAGUAGUUAAUAAAUCUUGUGCUGUUGUUGCAGCCUCCUCUCCACAAACACAACAACAAUUAAUGAAAAGAUCUGUUAGAACUUUUUCUGCUCUUGGACCUCGUUUUAGUGCAAAACCUGGUACAGUUCCUUCAGAAGUUGAACAAUCCACUGGUUUAGAACGUUUAGAAAUACUUGCAAAAUUAGAUGGUGUAGAUAUAUUUGAUGACAACCCUUUGCCUGUUGCCAGUUUUGGUACAAAAACUAAUCCUGUGAUAGUGAAAGCCGUUGACACUCAUCGUUUGGUUGCAUGCACUGCUGUUUGGAUAUCUGUUGAUAAAGAUCAUGAAUUUGAUCGAUGCACCGAAUGUGGUCAAGUUUUUAAAUUGAAACAAGCUCAUUUUGGUCCUCAUGGAUAUGAAUAA